UUCAAAACCGAGUUGAAUGCCGAAGAAUUUGAAAGCAUAAACAAAUUGGGGGAUGAAAAUUAUGAAAUGUUGGAUAAACUGAAUUUUGGCGUUUUGUUGAAAAUAAGAGGAAUUUGUAGUAAUUUAAGCCAUUAUUUUAUACGUCUAAAUGGAAAUAUGCUAGGGUUGUGUUUGGAUAAGGAAUUUAAGAAGCCAUUUGAUAAAAUGUUACUGGACCAUAAUUUAAAUUUCGUAAGUUUUUAUUGUUAUACAGGUGGUCGUUUUUCCGAAUGGUGUUUUUCCAAAGGGAUGCUUUCAAGUGGGGCUUUUCCAUAG